CCUGGCUUCAUCGUGGGGAGAGCCAGGAACGCCCCACUCCCAAUUUCUCAUGGAUCUUCAAUAAUUUGGCGUCCUAGCGUAGCUAUUAUCUGAGCUCUAAUAUUGCCAGGCGGUGAAAGGGGGUAAAUUACCAAGAUAGUCCAACUAGUCCAACUAUACAUACACCCACGGCUAAGGUUCUCAGGGUCCUCCAGUAUAACGAUCACAGCUUGCAUAAAACUAUCUCGCCAUCAUGUCCGAAGCUACAACGAAGCCCCUAUUGGGCAGUGUCCUCGUCAUCGGCGGCUGUGGUUUCCUCGGCCACCACGUCGUGAAUCUUCUCUUACGCGACUGGAAGUGCACCGUUUCCGUUGUCGAUCUUAAGUGCCAACGCAACCGAAGACCCGAAUCCGAUGGCGUCCAGUACGUAGAAGCCGACAUCACCGACGCUGAUGGCCUAGUCAAAGUCUUCGGGAAGCUGAAGCCCGACGUUGUUAUACACACUGCCUCGCCACCUGCGCAGGGUCUCGGUGCUGUUGCGAACGAGGUAUUCAAGAAGGUCAAUGUGGACGGAACCCGCGCUGUGAUUGCCGCCUGCCAGCAGAACGAUGUCAAGGCGUUAGUAUAUACGAGUUCUGCCAGCGUCAUGAGCAACAAUAAGGAUGAUCUUGUAAAUGCGAACGAGGACUACCCUGUCAUCCGGGGUAAAAUGCAGACAGAAUACUACUCCGAGACAAAGGCACAUGCUGAGGAACUUGUCUUAAAAGCAAAUCGCGCCGAAGGAUCCGACCUCCUAACUGCAGCUAUCCGACCAUCCGGUAUCUUCGGCGAGGGCGACGUACAAUUAGUCUUCCACACAGUCAAGAUCUAUCGCGAGGGAAAGGACAAGGUGCAAGUUGGUCUCAACCAAAAUUUAUUCGACUUCACAUACGUUGAGAACGUAGCCCACGCCCACCUCCUCGCCGCCCGCGCCCUACUAGUCACCCACGCCUCCUCCACCGCGCCCCUCAACCACGAGAAAGUCGACGGCGAAGCCUUCAUAAUCACCAACGACAGCCCCGUCUACUUCUGGGACUUGAUGCGGGCUAUAUGGCGGGCGGCUGGAUCAGAGAAGGGCACCGACCACGUGUGGGUCAUGAGCCGGGAGAUGGGUAUCCUGCUCGGAUACUUGAGCGAGGUGUUCUUCGGGAUCCUGAAAAAAGCCCCGACUUUCAACCGCCAGCGCAUCGUCUACAGCACCAUGACGAGAUACUACGAUAUUUCGAAAGCGAAGCGCCGGCUCGGAUACCAGCCUCUAGUAAGCCUGAGCGAAGGCGUCAAGAGGACAGUUAAAUGGACUCUAGAACAGGAGAAGAACGCUGCACCAGCAAAAUCGUGAGGUUUGUCUUACUGAAUACUGUCGGAUUUUGUAUUAAAUAUAUAGGUAGAAGCUGGAAAACUUAAUAGUAGACUAAUUUAUACGAGAUUUAUGCUGUGGAUGACUUAAUAUUAAGGAUAUUUGGGUUCAUUGAGUUCACCUAUGAUGAGUUGAAUGAUAGGCAACAUGAACCUUGUCCUCCUUUCUCACACAUUUUACUUUAAUAUACAGGGUAUGUAAACGUCAAAGGGGGGGCAAUAGUUGUUACCUAAGCGGCAUGGCGGCAUGGAAA